AUGGCGAUGACCAUCUGGUGCGGCUUUUAUGCCCGAUGGUUCUUGUCCUUGAUGUUCGGCCUUAUAAGCUUUGUGCUGAUCAUGCUGCCUUCCACCGAGAUGGGCUUUGUGUCGCUGGCCUUCUGGAUAUAUCUGACGGGCCGGGUCAGCAUGAGAACGCAGACGCAGCCCUUUACAGGCUAUGCGCUUCGCCUGCUUUGUGCGUCUGUAGUGUUGCUGGCAGCACUCGCAGUGACCCUCUUUCCCUUCAUUGUGUACGGAGGACACGCAGGCUGCACGUCUUUCGAUCCGAACAUGCGCACGAAGUAUGGCCAGAACUUUGCAGACUUAUGGGCUCAGUUCUACAUGUUCCAAGCUGCCAAUUGGCUUUUGGCCUUUCUGUUGGUUUACAUGGCACUCGCCGAUCAUCAGGACUCGGCGUACCUCCGCCAGUCUAUCAGAUGCGUAGCGUACCAGUACUCCAGCCUGGCGAUGCGAACCAUCUGGAUCGUAACAGAUGCCUGCGUAGGCGGCGACGUAGACCAGAACGGUCUCAGGGACAUGGCCGGCGACUUCGGCCGGGAUCGAAUUUACUCGGCCAUUGGCACAUAUGCUUUGGCCGCGAGCUCUUUAAGUGGCAUCUGGGCCCUGCAGUUGGUCGUGCAACGGCUGGAGGCCCUCCAGGCAGGCUUCGGUGAAUCUUUACAAUACUUCCGACUGAUCUUGUGGUUGGCCAGGGUGAACGUGCUCUGGAUCUGGCUGUUGGCUUUCUCUGUGAGGGUAUCGACAGCCUUGACGCUGGGACUCGGCUGCGCCGCAGCUUUGUGCAUUUUGUCGAUGAUGUGUCUCAUGUUUCGAGCGUUGUCCUCGCCUUUGAGGGUUUUGCUUGAUUGCACGCCAGAGGGAAGUGACGGUGUUUCGGAGCACCUCCACAAGGAAGUCUCCUUUGCCGUCCGAAUUAUCCACCAAGCCCAGCUGGGCAUCUUCCUUUCGAACGUCUCAGUAUCGUUUCGUUUGGUGACGGCUGCAGCGGUGGCCCAUUUCGGGAGCAGAGUUUGGUGGGACGCAUACCAGUACGGAUGCAUGGUGGACGGCCUAGGAAACGGGCUUUGCCUCCUGCUCCUGUCUGGCGGCAAGUUACAUCUCCAGAACUUUUCCCUUCAAAGGCAGGUCCGAGAGCCUAGCAGCGCAGGUUUGGGCAGCCAAGAUCUUCCCGAAUGCACCUGCGAGUCCACAUCCACCAGCUCUGGCCCCAGAAAAGCGUGUGAGAGAUGUGGUUGGUUUGCGAAGGUGGAGGAGUUGGCUCUGCGGCGCAUCUCGGCAGAAAGGCUUUUGGACUUCCAUGCACGCCUGGGGGCACCAAAGGGGCCCUUGAUGCCCCACUUCGAUCCGAAGAUCUCGACGACCUCCGAUGUCGUGCGCCAUGCGAUCAUCCCGGAGAGUCGCCAAGGCGAGCUGGGCAGCGCCCUUGCUUCGGUGUGGAAGUGCCCGUCCUCGUCUCGGGCCUCGCAUGGUGACGCAUCACUGGCAAAAUCGUUUCAAGGACCUGGUAGCAGUAGUGGUGGCAGAUGGCUUGGGCUUAAAGCGUUGGGAUGGCAUUGCUUUAGAAUUGGAGGAGCGGCACGAGGAGGCCUUGCAAGAGAGGCUCGCGGCACGAGGUUCUGA